CUAGUUAAUCUUCUCAGAAUGGUUUUGAAGCUUUUUAAAUUGCUACACAGAACUCGACAAGAAGUUUUUAAAAAUGAUACCAGAGCCCUAGAAGAAUCUGGGGUAGAAAGGAAGCUUCAAGAGCAAGCUCAGUGCAUUCUGGUUUCUAAUGGUCAUUCACUCCUGAAAAYAGCUUCAGAUGUUGAAAUGAUUCUCAGAACUUCUGUUAUUCAGGCAGUUCAUACAGGUUCUGACAAAAUAUUGCUUGUACCCAGGAAAGAUCUGCUACAAGACAAUACUCCUUACUUUGAUAAACCAACAAAAAAGCAUCAAUCUUGAGGAAAAUAUGGCCGCCUUCUUCAAAUUUAUAUCCUUUAAUGAGAUCUCUGAAAAUCAGUAGCAGAUAUCUCUGUUAAAAUGAAAUUUGAGAAAUUGUAAGUGCUGUUAACAAGAAAACCCUAAGACCAUCUUUAUUGCACACUAUGGUACCAUUAGGCAGUUCUGAAGGAUACUUUUCUUAUUUGCAAGAUAAUACACAUACUCAAGACAUAUACUGUUUUCCUAAAUAUAUACUUCUGAAAUGUGUUACUUGAGACAGCAGUGCAUGUUGUGAAUUAGGAGAA